AUGGGAGUUAUCGGUCUCACACCUUUUUUGCAAAAAGCUUGUCCCGAUGUCAUCAGAGUCCUCCCAGACCGCCUUAAAAAUUUUGCAGGAAAGAAGAUAGUAUUAGAUGGUACGCUUAUUACGCAACGUCUUCACUUCGCACCUUUGCCGCAUGCAUAUAGGCAUGUACUCGGCUGGUACCGGAUUCUGCACGAGCUCAGAGAGGCCGGGGUAUCAGCUGUCUGUGUGUUCGAUGGAAGAAGCCGCAGUUUAGCGAAACAAAUGGAGGUUGAUCGUCGACGGGAGAUCAGAAAGGUUACAGCUGCCCGUGGUCUCUUAGAGACCAAUCGACUACAACGGCUUUGUGCACUGUCAAACUCAGUCAAGACGUGGAAGUUGCUUGAUACUCAAGCGAGAGAAUCCGCAACUCGAGAUCUCCGAGACCGCCUUCAAGAAUUGAAACCCGUUCCUCCCUCACCGGAUUACAUCGAUGGGAUCUCACAGCCUUCGACAGAAGAGGCCACACAAACAGGCCAUCAGCAAGGUCGUAAUUGGAAGCCCGAGGCGUACAGCGAAACGCAUGGCGAACUCAGCGGAGACGGGCUAGCCCUACCGCGGAAGCGCACUGAGGCGCCCGACACGACGAGUCCUCCGUCCGGAGAGAAGCCUGCGAGUGCUCCUGAGCUGGACCUUGUGGAAGCAAUCAGGUCGUCUCUGGCCAACCUAUACGUUGAAUACAAGGCCAGUGUGGAGCGUCUCGACUCGUUACCAGAACCUAUCCCUACUCCCUCCCAGCCAUCCGACGACGACCCCUCGAAUGCAGAAGUGAAGACAGAAUACAUGAUGUCCAAGACUCAGCAUCAGCUAGCCCUAGAAGAAGGCGCUUUCUGGUCAAAAUUUGCAGAAUUGGAACUUGCCGCUGAAGAUGUCGAAGAUGCAGCAACAGUCCUUACUCAGAAGAGUACAGUCCUAUUCGACUCGUACUCCCGGCGGACACAACCGCCGACUACGCAAACUUACGACGAGAGUAAAGAGAUUAUCCGCGCAAUGGGAGUACCUUGUAUUGAGCCCGACGGACCGUUCGAGGCUGAAGCGUUGGCUGCUUCAAUGGUUCUCCAUGGUCAGGCGGACUACGUCGCCAGCGAAGAUACGGAUGUGAUUGUUUACGGAGCGCCGUUGAUGCGCAACAUAGCAAAGCGUUCGGAUCCUCUCGUAAUCCUAAAUGGAACUGACGUACGGGCCGCCUUAGAGCUCGACCAUGAGCGUUUUGUUGACUUUGCCCUCCUACUUGGAACCGACUUUUCUCAGCGCAUCAAGAAUGUUGGGCCCACUCGUGCGCUCAAGUUCAUUCGGGAAUACGGUUCUAUUGAACAAAUGCUCGAACAGGAAACCCGGUACCCUCCGCGCGUACCGCUUUCGCUUUACCUGCAGCAAGUAGAAGUUGCGCGAGUGGUAUUCCAUACUCUUCCGCCCGUCCCGGAUGAGUCCGCAUUGCAGGAAAAAGAGCCCGAUGACACAGCGAUUCAAGAGAUUCUCCAGGAGUACGGUCUUUGGAAAGAGCUCUCCCACGACUUCGAAGGGGACUUCACGCAUGCCCUGGCCGGGAACCAUUUCGACGAUAACCCUGCUGUUGCGUGA